GACCCAGCUUCCCCGAGGAGAAUGUAUUUACUGGGCAAUCAAAGAUCUAUACCUACAUGAGCCCGAACAAACACUCUGGAAUGCGUUCCCCCCUUCAGGAAGAGAACUCAGUUGCACAUCAUGACGUCAGAUACCAGGGGAAACCGCUCGCCGGAAUCUACAGGAAACGGGAAGAGAAGAGGAAUGCUGGCAAUGCAAUACGGAGCACGGUGAAGUCCGAGGAGCAGAAGAUCAAAGACGCCAGGAGAGGGCCCCUGGCACCUUUUCCAAACCAAAAAUCCGAAGCAGCAGAACCUCCAAAAACUCCAACCUCGUCUUGUGACCCUACCAACACAGCCGUCGCUAAGCCUGCCCUGAAGAAGCCCGUCAAGGGCAAGCAGGCUGCCCGAAGGAGAGCUCAAGGGAAAACGCAGCAGAACCGCAAACUCACAGAUUUCUACCCUGUCCGAAGGAGCUCCAGGAAGAGCAAAGCUGAGCUGCAGGAGGCUAGACGAGCUGAUUGAGAGCGGGAAGGAGGAAGGCAUGAAGAUCGACCUCAUUGAUGGCAAAGGCAGGGGCGUGAUCGCCACCAAGCAGUUCUCCCGGGGAGACUUUGUGGUAGAGUACCACGGAGACCUCAUCGAGAUCACUGACGCCAGGAAGCGGGAGGCUCUGUACGCACAGGACCCGUCCACGGGCUGCUACAUGUACUAUUUCCAGUAUCUGAGCAAAACCUAUUGCGUGGAUGCGACUCGAGAGACCAACCGCCUGGGGAGGCUGAUCAACCACAGCAAGUGCGGGAACUGCCAGACCAAGCUGCACGACAUCGAUGGGGUUCCGCACCUCAUCCUCAUCGCCUCCCGGGACAUCGCGGCCGGCGAGGAGCUGCUCUACGACUAUGGGGACCGCAGCAAGGCUUCCCUCGAAGCCCACCCGUGGCUGAAGCACUAGCUGGCCAUCCCCGCCCCACCUGCCCUUCAAAGGACAAAGUGCCCUCAAAGGGAAUUGAUUUUUUUUUUUACAUACUUAAUCUUAGCGAAUUACUUCAGAUGUUUUUAAGAAGUAUAUUAAGAUGCCUUUUCACU